GAAAAGCAGAGUCCCCUGUAAUUUUUAAUGAUGGGAUCCCCUCACUACAUGUUGGCAAUCUACAAUUUCGUGCUGUUCCUGACUCUCUUGGGAAAUUCAUUAUCUGCUUCGGAUUACGAUGAGUAUUCCAAUGAAGACCAAUCUAAUGAGACAGAAGCAUCUGACAACAUCCUGUGCCCACGAUCCAUUCCAGGAGACAUAGUCUUCAUGGAGAACCAAACACUGCUGGCCAUCUCCUCCUCAUCCAGGGAGCACCUAAGAAGCUUCAUCACUGUGAUGAUUAUUCCUUCAAUCUACACAAUUGUAUUCUUGGUGGGUUUGCCUUCUAAUGCUCUUGCACUCUGGAUCUUGGCAACCAAAGUGAAGAGGAUGACCUCCACAAUAUUUUUGAUGAACCUGGCAGCUGCAGAUCUACUUCUAAUCCUUGUUCUGCCUUUUAAAAUAUCAUACUACUUUUUAGGUAAUAACUGGAUAUUUGGAGAAGUAAUGUGCAGGUCCUUAACUACUUUUUUCUAUGGCAACAUGUACUGCUCAAUAUUACUUCUCAUGAGCAUCAGCGUGGAUCGUUACUUGGCAGUGGUCCACCCUUUCUUUUCCAGGACAUUUAGAAGCAAAACAUUUGCUAUUGGCAUGUGCUUCACCUCUUGGAUCAUCGCAAUUUUGUCUACUUUACCCUUGGCAACCAUUCGCCAGUCCUAUCCACUGGCACAGACUAAGCUUACUGUGUGCCAUGAUGUCCUUCCUAGACAAGAGCAGGCAGAGUAUUUGUUUUAUUAUUUCAUGUGCCUCAUUGUUAUGGGUUUUCUUCUUCCACUGUGCAUUAUUGUUUUCUGCUAUGCUUCUGUAAUCCACGCCCUGAUUCUAAGUGGAGACAAAUAUGCCUAUGCUGUCAAGUUGAGUGCAUUAGUUCUGAUCAUUGUGAUUGUCUUCUUGACGCCCAGUAACUUGGUACUUUUGUUGCAUUACUCUGAGCAUUGCCUUCAUUCUUAUGGUGACCUCUAUGCAGUUUACAUGGUCUGCUUGGCAAUCAGCUCUAUUAACAGCUGUGUGGAUCCCUUUGUAUAUUAUUAUGUGUCAGAAGAAUUCCGUGAAAAGGUGAUACAUCAAUUUCGAAAGAGCCCUAGACGGUCAGUCACAUCACUCAAAACCUUCAAGGAAGUUCUACCUACUAGCUAUUCUACUUCCCACACCCACUCCCACUCAGUGCUUUGAUACUUUACUGAGUGUAUGUUUCUAUCACUUUGUGAUGGUAUAAGAGCACAUAAAGCAGUGUUAUAAUGCUGUGGCAGAUAUUUCACAAAUUACCUGCCAGUAAAAAGACUGCAGGCAAAAACUGCUUUCUUGAGAAGAAGACAUCUAUCUGCGUGGCAAUGGGUGACCUGAAUGAAGAUCUCUGAGAAUAAAUAAAUAAAACAUCAAAUAAAUAAAACAUAAAUACACAACAGACUUUCAAAAGUACCAAAAUAAAAUGUUAUAUGCAGAAGUAUGUAUAUUGCGGGGUAAUAUAGAACUGCAUUAAUGUCGGAAUUGUUUUAAUGGACAAUGGACAAGAAAAUGUUUCUGGACUGUGUAAAGGUUUCUGGACUCUGUAAUUAUUUAAUAAGAAGAAAUAUGGCACCGGAAUACACCAACAAACAU